AUGGUCAAGAAGACUGUAAUAAUAACCAUUUCAGUGGUUGUCGCUUUGAUUGUGGUGGCCGCCAUUGUGAUCCCAACUGCCAUCAUCCUAACAAGGAACAAUGGUGAACCAGGUCCAAGUGGACCUGCUUACACCAUCAAGAACCUGAAUUUCGCCCAGACCCAUGUUAUUCCUGCACAAGGCCGUAAGUGGACGACUCCAAACAAUGACACAACUGUGCUCCAUUUGGUUGGUGAACGUGAUACUUUGGUGUUGGUUGAGUUUGAGGAUGUCAUUGAACCAACUUACAGACCACGUCUCCAAGUUUGGUUGCCAACCGCCAACAAUCAAUCAAUCUAUGAUCUCGCCACCACCAUCGACCUGAACCUGCCAUCAGAGCUACCACGCACUGAGUCCAACGGCACUAUGUUCGCCAACAACACAUACAGCGUUUGUCUUCCUGCCAAGUACGUCCUGCCACGCAUGCAAGUGUCGUUCAAGAACAACAACCACAACUCAACCGAGCUGGUCCCAGUGAAUGUUGGUUUCAGCUCCUACGCCAUCCUCUGGAACCUGCCAAUCUACUUCUUUGGCGCCAAUGAGACCAACUCUGAGAAGUUUGACGACGUCAAGUCUGAGGCCAAGAACGCAGGCUUCAUCUAUCAACAAUGGCCAGUCUCCAGACUGACUGUGGCCAACCAUCCAAUUGGCAAGAUUGAGUUCAAGACAUUUGUCCAACAUACCGAUGGUCAGUACGCCAAGAUCGUUCACAACCUUGAUGAGGUGCCCGACGGAGAUUCGUUCAAUGUGUUCCGCAGUACCUUGGGAAUCCUCAGUCGCAUGAUGGGCACCAAUGGUGAUGGUGAUCAGAACAAGGUGGUCUGGGCUCCAAUCAUGGCCCUCAACAGCAAGGGAAAGUAUGAAGGUUGUGGGGGUGGACUUGCAAGUCUAGGUGGCAAGCGAGGCACUGGUGAUGUGAGCAAUGGUGUCAUGAUCCAUGAGGUUGGUCAUGCACAAAACCUUCCGCAUGCUGGUGAAGCAUACAAUAAUGGCGCAUUCCCCUAUGUCAGGGGAAGUUUGAACGGUUCUGCUUGGGGCUUCAACAUGGACACCAACGAGUUCUUGUCCAUCUACAUCCCAUCUAAUUCAUCUGACUACAAGGGCUGCAACAGCUCGGCCAUUAUGGACAAUGGUAAAUGUGUCAGACAGGACCCAAUGCAAGGUGGCAGCGGUGACCAAUCCAAGGGAAACCCAUACACCAUGUAUGCCGAUUACAGUGUCGCCAGGAUCCAGAGGUUCUACGAGGGAUCCACCUCUGUCACCAAGGAUGGCGCCCACUCCAUCAGCGCUCUUUGGACCUGGGUGCCCGAGACCAAGUCCUACGUCAAAUGGGACAGCAUCGACUUGAAGACAGUGCCAUGUGUGAUUGCCAAUAGCAGUAACGGACUCUACGAACUGGACAGUGGUACUCCAAUGCUGCGCGAUGUGCCUGUGUACACAGUGAUCAUCCAGUACAUCAAUGGAGUCGGCUCAAAUUGCACCAACUGCAACAUCAUCUAUCCUCUGAUCAAGUGGACUGGCAACCUCAAUCGUCACAUCGAUCCAACCGACCCAGCCCAGAUCAAGCUGAUCACGCCAAACACUGGCGACCUUGCCUGGUUCUGCCAUUCAUCUGGUUGCGACUUCACCAUUCGUGUCACCUACAAGGACGGCUCCAAGUUUGUCAAGCUGUUGCAGACUGGAGUGAGGGAUUGGUUCUCACCAAAGGGUGAUGCACUCCCCGAGUAUACCGAUCCCAAGAACAAUGACAGUACUAUGUUAUUCAUCGAGAACAUUCCAGCCAAUGCACAACCAUCUCUCAUCGAGUUGCUCUGGACACCCUAUGGCUUCAACUCCACCACACCAGCCGAUGCCAAGGUCUGUGUCUCUCAAUCAUACUAA